CAAAAUUUCCCUCAAAUUAAUCCCUACGUUUCUCCCUCUAAAUACAAACAAAAUAUCAGAAAUUAUGGGUAGAUUUCUCCCAUGCCCAAUGCCUUGCAAUUGCGACAAACACAGAUAUUCUCAAAUAUAUCAAACCAGCCAUAUUUCCGACUCGUCAUCUUCCAAUUCAUCCCUUACUUCCCAACUAAGCCUCCCUUCCGUCCCUUCCCUCGAACACGUCGCCGCCGCCAACCACCAAUGCCUAGUCACCCUUAAGGGCCACUCCUCCUACAUAUUCUCCCUCUCCCUCGCCGGGAAAUACCUCUUUAGCGGCCCCUCCAACGGAGAAAUUCGUGCCUCCGCCUCGCACGGCGGAACCAGUAUGUACGUCGCUGCCCAGACUGGCUCCGCCGUGAAAUCCAUCACCUUCAUAAACGGCAAGCUAAUCACCGCCCACGCGGACCGCAAGAUCCACGUGUGGCGGAUCAAAGACCAUGUCAUAACUAUCGCCAAGCUGAAACUGACAACCACACUCCCCACCGGUGUGGACCGUUGCAUACGAUUAUUCUCGGCGGGGAGCUACGUGGAGGUCCGCCGCCACCGGAGGCAGACGUGGGUCCACCACGUCGACGCAGUGGCGGCCCUGGCCGCCUCCGCGGACGGCGCGUUCCUCUACUCCGUGUCGUGGGACCGGAGCAUGAAGGUGUGGCGGAGCACCGACUUCCGGUGCGUGGAGUCGGUGCAGGCCGCCCACGACGACGCGAUCAACGCUGUCGCGGCGUCCGUCGACGGCAGCGUCUACACUGGCUCCGCCGACCGGCUGAUCAAGGUGUGGCGGCGCCGCAACGACGGAGAGUCGCGGCACUCGGUCGUGGCGACGCUGGAGAAGCAUAAAUCAGCCGUGAAUGCGCUGGCGCUGAGCACCGAAGGGAGUGUGCUUUAUUCCGGCGCCUGCGAUCGGUCGAUCGUCGUGUGGGAGAAGGGAAGAGGUGGCGGAAUGGCGGUGGCGGGGGCGCUGAGGGGGCAUAGGAAGGCGAUUUUGUGUUUGGCGGUGGUGGCGGAGGUGUUGUGCAGUGGAUCGGCGGAUAAGAGUGUGAGAGUGUGGAGGAGAGGGAGUGGAAAUAGCUAUUCUUGCCUGGCGGUAUUGGAAGGGCAUAAAUGUCCGGUGAAAUGUUUAGUGGCGCGUUUGGAUGGGAGGUGUAGUGAGGUUGAUAAGAAAAGUGAGGGGAUGAGUUAG